GUUGCACUGUGCAUGUGCAUAGAUAAUUAUUAGCCAGAACUUUGCACUAAUGACUUCACUGUACAGUAUUAUACAUAUACCUUUGUGACAGACCGAGUUGAACUGCAGUGCGACGAAGGCUCGGGAGAGAAGGCAUCGACAGAGAAGAAAGAACGUGAAACAGACGACAACAGAACAAAGAUGACGCGCCGCUGGAACUGCGUUGAGAGACCCCUGAGUCGGGUUUUCUAUCGCCAUGGAGCGUUUCUCGCAAGGCACCCCUUCUUUUUCUUCCUGGUACCUCUUCUACUUGCCAUUGUGUUGUCUACGGGGAUGAAUCAUUUUACACAGGUGUAUGACAUUGAGUAUCUCUUCACGCCAGAGAACGGACGCGGUAAGCUCGAGCGCACGACGGUGGAGCACCUCUUUCCGACAAACACCACCAAAAACUUCAACGCCCACCGCCUGAACAGAGAGGGCCGUUACAGUCGUCUAAUCAUCACCGCCAAAGACGACGGCGAUGUCUUGCGUGAGGACAUUUUGCGGCAAGUUCUAGAAAUCGACAAGACUGUCAAUAAUAUCUCCGUUGAUGGUUAUAAAUUUAUUGACAUCUGCGGGCGAUGGGAAGACGCCUGCGCCGUCACCAACCCCUUUCUCGUCGCCCUGAAUUAUAACGCUAGUAACAUCCGUGGGGUGUCGCUUUCUUACCCAACAUACGACAUGCCCAUAAGGGUGCCCAUCCCAAAUACUCCAUACCUCAGAACCGUCUUUCUGCCGCUGUUUCUGGGAGGUUCUCUUGGAGGCGCCGACGUGGAUGAGGAAAAGAAACUCCAAGAAUCCAAAGCAAUCCAGUUAGUGUACUACCUAGACGAAACCGGCAAUGGCUCCUUAGCCGACGAAUGGGAACAGGCCUUCAUGCACGAGUUCGAAGAAUUGGUGACGUCAGACAAGUUUUCUGACGUCAACGUCGCCUACUUUACGUCACAAACCUUACAGACCGAGCUGGCAAAGAACCGCGAAAUGGUGAUCCCACUUUUCACCAUCACCAUUGCUAUACUGGUGUUGUUCUCCGUUCUCUCCUGUCUGAUGUCAGAUUGGGUCCGAAGCAAGCCGUGGCUGGGGGUACUGGGGGUGGUUACGGCGGCGCUUGCCAUCAUUUCUUCCUUUGGGUUACUGCUACAUAUCGGAGUGGAGUACAACGACAUCGUGGCUGUCACGCCCUUCUUGAUUCUAGGUAUUGGUGUUGACAACAUGUUUGUGAUGCUGGCCUCAUGGCGGGAGACAGACCCUAGAGACAGCGUGGAGAAGAGGAUGGCGGGAACGUUCUCAGACGCUGGCGUCUCUAUCACCAUCACGGCCAUUACGGACGUCGUUUCCUUCGUCGUCGGCUCCAUCACUUUCUACCCGUCUGUCCGGAUUUUCUGUCUUUAUGCAGGUAUUGGUGUUGACAACAUGUUUGUGAUGCUGGCCUCAUGGCGGGAGACAGACCCUAGAGACAGCGUGGAAAAGAGGAUGGCGGGAACGUUCUCAGACGCUGGCGUCUCUAUCACCAUCACGGCCAUUACGGACGUCGUUUCCUUCGUCGUCGGCUCCAUCACUUUCUACCCGUCUGUCCGGAUUUUCUGUCUUUAUGCAGGCGUGGCCCUUGUGUUUCACUACUGCUAUCAAAUCACAUUCUUCGGCGCCUGCAUGGCUUGGAUAGGCCGGAGGGAGAAAGCCAACAGACACUGUAUAACUUUAUGCAAAGUUAUACCCGAGGCUGAUGCAGAUCACAAAUCCAAAGCAUACCGUAUAUUCUGCGCCGGUGGUACCCCGGAAUCCGUUGAGAUCAAAAAGAAAAAGGAACUGAACAAACACCAUAUUAUGAUUUUCUUUCGGGAUUGCGCCGGACCUUUCCUCUCAAAACGUCCAGUAAAGUUUGUCGUGAUUGGGAUUUACUUGGCCUAUUUAGCCGUUGCCCUGUUUGGCUGCACACGUGUGCGCGAGGGUAUCGAAUUACGUAACAUGCCCGCAGACGACAGUUACGCCGUUACAUUCUACGAACUAGAGACCGAAUAUUUCAAGAAAUUUGGACCAAAAGUUGCCGUCGUGUUCGACCAAAAACUGAACUAUCUCAACUCUUCUGAUCAGGAACUUAUUCAAGGAGUUUUGGAAGAAUUUGAAAAUGAUACGGACUUUUUCUACAAACAGGAAUUCGAAUGCUGGCUGACGGAUUUCUUGCUAUUCGCCAACGAAAGUAACAUAGAGUUGACCGAAUCGAACUUCAUUCCCACUCUGGAGAACGCUUUUCUAAAAAUGCCUGGAAAGGAAAAAUACAAAUCUGACAUCGUUUACAAUGAAAACAGGACAGAAAUCAUUGCCUCUCGCUGUUUCGUGCAGUCAACGAACACCAACGACACAGUGCGCGAGAAGGACAUGAUGAUGCACUCUCGCGCCAUCGCGGACAACUCAGAGCUCAAUGUCACCGUCUACCACCCUGCCUUUGUCUACUACGACCAGUACGUCACGAUUCUCCCUAACAUGCUACAGAACGUUGGAAUCGCUUGGGGUUCCAUGAUGCUGGUCGCCUUGUUUCUCAUUCCGGACCCGGUCUGCUCCAUGUGGGUGGCCCUCUCCGUCGCCUCCAUCGAGGUCGGUGUCAUUGGCUACAUGACGCUUUGGGGAGUUAACCUCGACUACAUGUCUAUGAUCUACGUUAUCAUUUGUAUCGGGUUUUCAGUGGACUUCUCAGCACAUAUUGCUUACGCGUACGUCACUGCAAAGGGCAAGGCUAAGAAGAGAAUCAGAAAAGCCCUCUACGUAUUGGGCCUCCCAAUUCUUCAAGGUGCCCUGUCCACGAUAUUGGGCGUCUUGGUGUUGAGCCAAUCUUCUGCGUACAUGUUUAGGACCUUCUUUAAAAUCAUCUUCAUGGUGAUCCUAUUUGGUGCAUUCCAUGGGCUUGUAAUUAUCCCUGUGGUGCUUUCUCUUUGCAUGAGAGGGAAACCAAAGAAACCCGAAAGCACGACGUAUAAGCAACAUGACUGCACUGAAGAACAGUGGAGUGAACUUUUAGAAAGGCAAAAACAGAACGGUGGUGCUGGGGAUAUCACAUUGACCAAUCUACCUCCUCCCAGCCAGCCAUUUCUCACUCGAAAAUCCUCUACUUGCCCAGGUGACUUAAACAUGGCGUUCAACAAUAAUUCCAUAAGAUCUGCAAAUCAGCCACAAUCAAAAAAGUUAUUUGUCGGAGGGGCGGGCGCAUGCGUACAAGUGGAUUGGGACGAGGAAUCUGGAUAUUCAACGUCGACACUCGGAAGCAGUGGAACUGACCAAUGACAGACGGACUUGAAUUUGCAGCAAUUGUGUUGCGGCAAAUGAAAUUUAAGUCAAUGAUAGGUUUGCUGCAGAAAUGAGGCUAAAGAAAGUGCUCGUAAUACAAACGGCAUUCAAAUGGCCAUCAAUAAGCCAACAUUUCAAGAUUAUAAAAAUGUCGGUUAAUUGCAGGGAAUUGAAAGCUUAAGUGCCAUUUUACAUGAGUGAGAAAAAAAGAGCAAAUGCUAUUGUAGGAUCUCCGCGCCUGUGCAUAACUUUGGCGUCGGCGGGCGUAAUACAGAUUGGUUGUUUUUAAAAUGCGAGUUUUUAAACGUAGCUAUGUAUUAUGGAGAUAUAGGGAUAAUUUUUUAUCUUUCAAGUUUGCAGGAUUUCUGGAACUCCUGUCAAAAACAUUCGGGUAACCGCAUUUUCACGUUAAAAAGAUUUAAUGAUGCACAUACUGUAAGUCUUAACGAUUAUUUAAGUGUCCAGUAACGCAAAGCGUCAAAAGGUAUCGUGGGGAGAAAAGCAAAACAAUGCAAUUUUAAUGUCUGUGUUUAUUUAUAUUUUUUAAAGAAUUAUUCUUAUUAUAUGUUUUAGAUAGGACUUAGCCAUGUCUCAAAUUUUCAACAAACAUAGUCUUUAAUCAGUAGUAGUAGUAGAUUUUUCCCAAAAUGAAGAGUGCCAAAUGACUUGUACUUCAGUCCCUGUUGAAAACUUUUUCUCAGAACAGAUUCAGGUGUAGUUUUAUCUUCCUCAAACUGAUACGAGAUAUCUUUGUUUUAAAUGAAACUUUUGAAAAAGAGUUAAUAACCGAAAGGUCUAAGCACUUUGUGAUAUAUAUUGACAGUCAAUGAAAACGCAUCAGAAAACUUUCAUGGACUUUUUUUACCGAGAAUCUAU